GUUUACAACCGCUCCAAUGCACUCACAUCCUCGUUUCUUCGCCAAUCGUACCCACCAUUCGCUCAAAGUCCCUCCGUUUUUGCCAUGCUCUGCGCCAAAUCAGGACGCGCCUGCUCACAAGGCUGCUGUUCGGGCCCCCCUUGCUCGUCACAAUGCACUAUCCUACCUGUAACCGCCGGUUCUGACCUGUAGCGGGGUCUUGGUGAUGGCCAAUGUGAUGAGGAAUUCUCACAUCGGGCACGCAAUAUAGACCUGAUGGUCUGCUGUCCGAAUCCUGUAGACUGAUAUUCUGCCUGUAAGACCGACCGACUUCUGUGCCUCUUUGCAUCUACCCACGGAUUGCGCCUGAUACUCGCACCACCUCGCCGCAAUCUAAAACGCAAAGGUAGAUACCGAUCUACCAUCAUGUUGGUGUCUCCCCUCUUCUACGCACUGCUGUCGUCCUUUGUGUUUGCGAAUCGGGCGGCAGCAUCUGUUCUCACCGCUCGAGUGCCUGUCGAAACCAACUAUCAAGGAUACAAUGGAGGUGUCGACAAUCCACAGGACCCCAGUGAAGCGGGAGCAGAAGGGGCAUCCAAGGGAGCCUUCAACAUUUCCAAAGGCGGCUUGAUCGCCAUCAUUGUCGUCGCUGUCCUGGUGGCCGUCGCUGGAGGUGCCUCUGCGGUCCUCUUUUGGCUUGCGAAGAAACGACAAUGGGAUGUUAGACAAUCCCUACGCAGGGCUUCUCGUCGCCUUACUGGCCGUGGUGAUGUCCCCAAACGUCCAAACCGUCGAACUGGUGUCCGUCUUGAUUCUCCCCCUCCAUCCAAGGCCAAUCGAUCUCCCCGCGACAUCGAGAAAGGGCUCCCAGCAUCUUCUCAGCAGGGCAGGACAACUACGACAAUCACUAGCCAAUUCGACGUUGAGACUCCCACUUCUAAAGGCUGGAAGGCGCAAGUGAUAGGCGGGAAGAAGUAGAGCUGAGCGACCAUCCCCGUCACGUACCGUCCGUUAACAGACGUCGCUUGUCUGUCCAGGCACAAGAUGUUGCCUUCCUCAACUGCAAGGAGAAUUCCACUGGAGCAUGCUUCUCCAUGAAGCCAAUCCAGAAUCCAGCUUCGGGCCUUCCAUUGGCCGCCCCACGACGUCAACGUUGGUCGUCGAUAUGCUGAGCAUGGCAGUCCUGGCCCAACGGCCGAGACUGAUCUGAUUUUCGAGUUCAUUUCGUUAUCCUUUUCCUUUCUUUCUUUCGAAUUGUCCUUGUAAUCGUAUAUAUAUACCCAGCCAUGCUAGCGCGAUGCUGUCCUGGACAGCACAACCAAUCGCACGAGUCUAGGUAGACUCUAAGCAAUACCACAUCGAUUAGUUGCCUUUGGCAUCUGCGAUGUGCUAGGCAGCGCAAGACUGCCAUAAGACUAAAUAUAUCAAAUGUUCGU